AUGGAUACAAAAAUUGGCAAAUCCUGUCCGGCGACGACCGCAAUACCCGUUGCACCACCAUCGGGUCGUGGAGGGGGCGGUGGUAUUUCGGCAACGUUAAAAAACGGAGUGAAGGAAAACUCGAAUGGUCCUCGAGUGGUUACAAUCUAUAAGACGGAAACCGGUUUUGGAUUUAACGUUCGAGGUCAAGUCAGCGAGGGUGGCCAGUUGCGAUCAAUUAACGGAGAGCUGUAUGCACCACUGCAACACGUCAGUGCAGUUUUGGAUAACGGAGCUGCCGAGCAAGCUGGCAUUAAAAAAGGGGACCGAAUUCUAGAAGUAAACAAUGUGAAUGUGGAAGGAGCGACACAUAAGCAAGUAGUAGAUCUCAUCAAAUCUGGAGGUGAUACUCUGACCUUAACCGUUAUAUCUGUCACACAGCAAGAAGCAGAACGUCUGGAGCCAGCGGAGGAUCCUGGUGGGUAUUCUUACAUUGACUAUUCUGAAAAGCGAAGCCUGCCUAUAAGUAUUCCGGAUUAUAAUAUCAUCCAUCGUGGCAACGAACGUUACGUGGUGUUUAACAUUCACAUGGCAGGGCGACAAUUAUGUUCGCGAAGAUAUCGUGAGUUCUCUAAUCUACAUCAGCAAUUGCGAAAAGAAUUCUCGGGCUUCAAUUUCCCGAAAAUCCCUGGGAAAUGGCCGUUCCAGCUAAAUGAACAACAGCUGGAUUCACGGCGUCGAGGAUUGGAGCAAUACUUGGAAAAAGUGUGUGCAGUACGAGUGAUUGCCGAAAGUGAUGCAGUACAAGAGUUUCUCACUGACACGGUGGAUGAUCUGGCAGCUUCACCAGUGGAUAUUAAAAUUAUGUUGCCAGAUCAUGCCAUUGUAACGGUGUCGGUGCGCAAGUCGGCGAAUGCCCAGCUUGUGUGGGAGCAAUUGGUGCAGAAGGCUAGCUUGACCUCGUAUACUCAGCAAUAUUUUUAUUUGUUUGAAAUAGUGGAAUAUAAUUUUGAACGUAAGCUGCAACCUCACGAAGUUCCGCAUCAGCUUUACGUGCAAAACUAUAGCACGGCUUCAAGCACGUGUUUGUGCGUGAAGCGAUGGCUUUUCUCCAUAGUGCGUGAAAUGUCGUUGCCGGUAGGGGAACAAGCUGGCAAAUUUAUAUUUUACCAGGCUGUUGAUGAAGUCAAUCGGAGCAAUAUUCGUGCAGAUGGCCGUUUGUAUGAACUGAAAGCACUGCAGGACUCAAAAAAAGCAGACGAUUAUCUAUCACUGGCUCGUACUCUCCCAGGAUACGGUGAUAUUGUUUUUCCGCACUGUGCAUGUGACAGCCGCAAAGAGGGACACGUCGUUCCGGCUGUUGGAAUGAAGAGUUUCCGAUUGCAUGCCUGCCGAGAAGACGGUGUACUCGAAGCGCAAACGGUAGAGCUGCAAUGGGCCACCAUCUCCCGUUGGGAGAGCGACGAAGAGUCGAUGGCAUUCUGCUUCCAAUAUAGUCGUUCGGAUAAGCCCCCCAGAUGGGUGAAAGUAUUUUCACCAUACCAUGCAUUCCUAUCUGACUGCUUUGAUAGAAUAAUGGAAGAGCGAGCCUGGGAUGACACUGGAGAGUAAUUAACAUUCGAGCAAUGGAUUAACGAGAACACUUCAUUGUGGUGAUUGCGACCGUAAAGCACUGCGUAGUGGUGUGUUGCAAUAAUGGGCGAUCACUAAUCAAAUUUGUUAUAUGUAUGAAGAUAAGUGACGGGGCAAAACUAUUGUUGCUAAAAUGUGGUCAUGAUAUGUUUGUUAGAUGAUGAAAUUUUAACCACACGUGAAAUUAAAAAUUCACAAUUAAAUCAGGAGGAAGUUUAAUCCAAGUUAGCUAUUUUGCACAUGAUAUAAGAGGAUAAUAGAAAGUCAUUAAAGAUAUAGUAACGAAAAAGUGUUCUGGAAUAGAUUCCAAAUAGUGAUUGGAUAAAUUGAAAACAAAGUAUUUUCUGAGUGGUUGAAUGACAUCAAUGCGACACUUUCUCGAAACAACGUUCUCUCUUUGUUUGUCGUGAAAAAUAAAAUAAACUUUAUUAUAUUAUAUCAUAGUCGCCAUUAGUAAAUUAAACAUAACAGGCACGAUAUUUAUUCAGGACUAUUAUUAAUAGUAAAGUAUGCUUAGUAGCCGCACUUGCUUUGAACGGCAUACCUGCUGCAGUAGCACGAUACUAACCGGCAGAAGUAAAGGGUCAGCGGUUCCUUAACAAAACUAGAAGUUUCUUUUAUUAAUUUGCUUUCUGUGAUACAGUCAUAAGCAGUGCGAUUAGCAAACGUGGUUAAGGAGUGAAUUUAUUCAACGAAGCUCUAGUACCAUAACAGGUAAACCGAUACUACCAUGUGAACCUAUGUAACUCGAACAAAUGAAACUAACAUCAAUCAAUGAAUGUAAAAUCCAUAUGAUAUCCAACACAUUCCUGUUUUAGGUUGCGAACUAUUGCGCAAAUUUGUUCUAUACGAAUUUUUCAUUCACCAUGCCAUCAUGUGCGUAUGUAGCAUUAAUAUGACGCUAGUCCAAAAACAAGUCAUGAUACAUGGACCAUGGAUAUUAGGUGACAAAAGAUCAAAUGAAGUCAGAAAGCAUUGCAGUUAGGAGCAUGGCAUGGGUUCGAUACGGAUCUCUGUGCUAAAUUUGCAUUUUUUUGUGUUUUUUUUUCUUUCAUAAAUGAGAUGUAGGAUGAUGGGUUAGUUAAAAUAAAAAAAUGGUUUGCAAACAUUUUACUUUUCGGUUCAAAGCUAGUAAAUGUGAAUAGGUCCAGUUGAUUGGUAAUAAAAGGAGAGCCGGAAACAUCUUGUGAAAGCAACAAACAUGUGUAGCAUUAUGGUAGUACAAUAUGUAUAUAAUGAGCGAUGGUGACGUUGAAACAUAAUUAAAUGCAUAAUAGAUUAAGUAAGUUACGAGAGAAACAAUGCUAUAAAUAUACAUCCGAAGUUGAUGCGAUGAAUCGCAACGCAUUGCUGGCGAGCUCUCAUUACCGUUUGUCCUUGAUACUAGAUAACAUUACCGUGUACUGAUAAAAUAAAUAAAA